GGGGGGGGGGCCUGGAAUUUUCGUCCCCUUUCUUUUUUAGCAAAUGAGUGGAUCUGAAGAAGGAGAGGGAGAAGGGAGAUGAUUAGGUUUUAAGAAAUUAUGAAAAUUGCAAUUUGGUCCUAUAUAAUUUGGAGAGAGGGUUUUUCUGAAAUUGUUAGGGACUGAAUCGAAAAUUCUAAAAACUUCAUUUUAGGCAUGUGAAAAAUCCUGGAUAAAUUUGUAAUUUUCGAAAAUGUUGAGUUAGGGUAUUUGGGUCUUUUUAGGUCAAAAAUCAGACUCCCAGUCGCACAAACCGCGAGUGCAUCGCACAUUGAGCUUGUAGGAUCCUUUUUGGCUUUGACUAAUUUUCACAGGGGGUUAUGUGCUAAUUUUUUUAACACGGAUGCUUUUUCGGCAAUUCAAGAUUAUACAGGGGUGGUUUUUGCAAAAAACCCUAAUAAUAAUUCUUUCCAUUAAUCGAAAUUCCCUGCCAUCGGAUUAACUUUAGCUCCGCGAAUUCACACCCGCUCUGCUGUUCUCUCUACAGUUUCUCUCAACUGGAUCUCAUUCUCUGAGGAUGACAGAUUCCGUUUGCAGCUGGUGAUUGGAAAAUGAUGUCGAGGAUGGUACUUAGAGGUGGCGUGGACAUGGAAAGUUUCAAGACGAAAUCUAGAGUAGCAAUUGUGGUUGCCGUUUCUAUGUGGAUGGGCCUUGCAGGUCUUUAUGGUUUACUGAAACCAAUAUCUAAUGGUUGUGCCAUGACGUAUAUGUAUCCCACGUAUAUUCCCAUUUCAACGCCGGAAAAUGUGUCCUCUGUGAAAUAUGGGUUGUAUUUGUACCAUGAAGGCUGGAGAAAGAUCGACUUUGAUGAUCAUCUUAAAAAGCUUAAUGGUAUUCCUGUUCUUUUUAUCCCUGGAAAUGGUGGAAGCUACAAACAGGUUAGAUCCCUGGGUGCAGAAUCUGAUAGGGCUUAUCAAGGAGGUCCACUUGACUGGAACUUUUACCAAGCUUCCCCGAAUUUGGGAGGUCGAGUGGAUAUCGAUUUAAACGACAUUUCAUUACCUAGUCGAUAUGCUUCCAUGCUGGAUUGGUUUGCAGUGGAUCUUGAAGGUGAACAUUCUGCAAUGGAUGGUCAGAUACUCCAAGAACACUCUGAAUAUGUAGUAUAUGCCAUUCACAGGAUUCUGGAUCAGUAUAAAGAAUCUCGUGAUGCUAGAGCAAAAGAAGGCGCAUCUGUGUCUGGCAGUUUACCUAAAAGUGUGAUAUUGGUUGGUCACUCUAUGGGUGGUUUUGUUGCUAGGGCUGCAGUAGUGCACCCUCAUUUAAGAAAGUUUGCUGUUGAAACUAUUCUGACCCUUUCCACCCCACACCAGUAUCCUCCGGUGGCGUUGCAGCCAUCUUUGGGCCACUAUUAUACACACGUGAAUCAAGCGUGGAGGAAAGGAUAUGAGGUUGAAACCUCUCAAGCUGGACUCUACAUAUCUGAUCCUCCACUUUCUCAUGUCGUCAUUGUCUCCAUUUCUGGUGGUUAUAACGAUUACCAGGUGCGCUCAAAGUUAGAGUCCCUUGAUGGUAUUGUUCCUCCUACACAUGGCUUUAUGAUGAGCAGUACUGGUAUGAAGAACGUGUGGUUGUCAAUGGAGCACCAGGUCAUCUUAUGGUGUAAUCAGCUAGUUGUGCAAGUCUCGCACACUCUCCUCAGUCUGAUAGAAACAAAGACAAGUCAACCUUUUAGUGAUGCACAUCAAAGACUUGGAAUAUUUACAAAAAUGCUUCAUAGUGGAAUCCCGCAGAACUUCUUUGCACCAAGGCCAUUACAAGAACCAAAAAAGUCCGACCCUUUUCCUAUUCAAACGGGAAAAGUGAUUCAUGCACCGCAUGUUCCUGCCAUUUCUGGUUGCCCAAGUAAUAGCCAGUGGAGUGAAGAUGGACUUGAAAGAGACCUUUACAUUCAAACUAGUACUGUCACUGUUUUAGCCAUGGAUGGGAGAAGGCGAUGGUUGGACAUUCAAAAACUGGGUCCAGGUGGAAAAAAACACUUUGUUUUUGUCACAAAUCUUUCACCUUGUUCUGGUGUGCGGCUUCAUCUUUGGCGAGAGAGGGGAACUUCAGCUUCAGCAACAAAUAAAGGGGUUGUAGAAGUCACCACAAAAAUGGUGCACAUUCCAUCUGGACCAGCUCCAAGGCAGAUUGAGCCAGGUAGUCAAACUGAGCAAGCUCCUCCAUCCGCUGUAUUUUGGUUGGGUCCUGAGGAUAUGCAUGGCUUCAGGUUCAUAACAAUCUCUGUGGCACCUCAACCGACUGUUUCAGGGAGGCCUCCACCAGCGGCUUCUAUGGGAGUUGGACAAUUUUUCAAUCCAAAGGAUGGAGAGCAAGUAUUCUCUCCUUACAAGUUGAUUCAUUCAUUAUUCACGGAUAAGGAUGACAAUUUGAAGGAAGAUCAUCCGCUUACUCUCAAUCUUACAUUCUCCGUUAGCUUAGGCCUUCUUCCUGUUUCUUUAUCUCUCAUAACAACUGGCUGUGGAAUUAAGAAGUCUGAAUUUCCUAUUGAAGAUACAGAAGAUGUGGAAACUAGUAGACUUUGUAGGCGUCGGUGUUUCCCACCUGUGGCACUUGCUUGGGAUGCGACAUCUGGUCUCCAUGUAUUUCCAAAUUUGUAUUCCGAAACAAUUGUCGUGGAUUCCUCUCCAGCACUUUGGACUUCAACUCAUGCAUCUGACAAGACAACUGUUUUACUAUUGGUGGACCCACAUUGCUCUUACAGAACUACUGCUGGUGUUCCACUCACUGCGGCUGCUGGCAGAUUCUUGCUCUUAUACUUCUCCCAGAUCAGCGGUCUCUGCGUCGCUGUUGCAUUUUUCGCUCUGAUGCGGCAGGCAUAUGCAUGGGAACUUGAUCGGCCCAUACAGUCAGUGUUAUCUGCAGUUGAAUCAAACUUGAGAAUGCCAAGUCCCUUUUUCUUCCUUGCCACAUUUCCGAUUUUGUUUGCCGUGCUCUUUUGUUUCCUGAGCUCUAAAUCACUUCCCCCGAUUAUAAGUUUCUCUAUUGUCUCGAUACUUUGCUACGUUUUUGCAAAUGGGGUGAUAAUCGUGCUGAUAUUACUUUCGCAAUUGCUUUUCUACAUGGCUGGCACUUCCCAUGUAUUUAUCAAAAAACGGUUGCAAGUAUGUGAAGGGAGUUUCUGUUUUUCUUUUUUCCAAUGGUUCAUCAAUAUGUCCUCCAGCUUUGCAUCUAUUAAGGUCAUAAGGAUUUUAAGGGUGAAUCAUUUGAUUAUAACAUCGUUGGUUGCCAUUGCCUUGGUAUGUCUUGUGCAUCCAGCUCUGGGGCUCUUUGUAUUGCUUCUAUCACACGCUUUACACUGUCACAGUGCUUUGUGCAGUUUUUUUAUGGCUUCAUUUCGCAGCCAUGUCCAGACCAGUGAGUUUUAUGAAUCUGGAAAUAAUGGUGACAGUGAUACUAGCAAUCUGUCACCUAUAAAAGAGACCUGUACUGGUAGCCCUGAAUCAACAAGAAGCUAUGGUGAGACACAAUUAGAGAUCUUCCACCACCAUCAUGGUUUGCUUGUCUUACACUUGCUUGCAGCAUUGAUGUUUGUCCCUUCACUCGUGGCCUGGCUUCAGCGGAUUGGUAUUGGUCAAAGCUUUCCGUGGUUUUGGGAUUCUGCACUCUGCAUUGGUGUCAUUCUGCACGGUUUAUGUGAUUCAAAGCCCGAGUUCAAUUUCUACCUAUUUCCAAUCCCGGGCAUUCCAUGGUUGGAAAUCAGACUAAGCUUUGCUUAUCUCCUUGCUGGAUAUUAUUCCUCUAUUUCUGCACUGGCAUUAGCACCGUAUAGGGUAUUUUACGCAAUGGCUGUUAUUGGAAUAGUGUCCUUCACAUUUAGGAUCAUCCAGACAAGGUACAGAAAUAAUGGUGAGACGUAUUACAGGAGCAGAAAGCAUUCCCACAGACAUUGAUAUUGACAUUUAUAACUCUUUCUUUUGUAAAAAUCUGUUGUAUUUCUUGUUCACAAUGAAAUUUUGAUAGGAGUACCUGGUGAAUUGUCAAAUAUAAAUCCCCUGAAUUCAAUGUUUGAUAAGACAUUAUUAUUCCUAAUAGUUGAAAGCCAACCCUCCUACAUUGUGUUCCAAA